CACGCAAACGCGCUUUGACAUGGUCUUCUCCCUCUGUUGUCCCCAUCUACUUCAAUCUCUAUCAACCACUUUUUUGAUCCAGGCAUUACCAAACUCCAGCCAUGACUUCCCCAGGGGACGACUCAUGCGUCUCAUCUUCAACAAUGGAGCUGAAGCAGCCAGCGACCACCGUGUCUGCACAGCCUCCUUCGAUCCUUCUUCUUCUCCUUCGUCGUCUUCCUUCUGUCCUUCUCUGUCUUCACAUCCUAACGUUUAAAGUCUCCACCGCUCAACACUGCUAUGACACGGGCAACUUCACGGCCACCAGCAACUAUGCCAAGAACCGUGAGCUCGUCCUCUCUUCCCUGCCUAGCGAAAUGGCUUCGAAUGGCUGGUUCUACUCUGGGAACGUAGGGAACGGCUCGGACGUUGUUUACGUGCUCGGUUUCUGCAGAGGCGACUCUUCGAACGAUACUUGCUUCAAGUGCAUAAACUCUGCUGCUGAAGAUUUAAUUAUCAAGUGUCCGAACCAGAAAGCUGCGUGGUCCUUGGGGACAGGAGAUUCUGUCUGCAUCAUCCGUUACGCUGAUCGUCCGAUGUACGGCGUGAAGCAGACAUUUCCGACGUUAAGCUAUUACAACACCGGCGACCUCCAGAUGGAUCAGGAUCAGUUCGAUCGGAUAUGGAGGAACUUCACGGAGGAGCUGGCAGCGGGGGCUUCGAUGGGGACGUCGGAGCUCAAGUUCGCGGCAUGGAGGACGGCGUUGCCGAACUUUCAGACCUUAUUCGCGCUGUUGCAGUGCAGCCCCGAUUUGUCUCAGAUUGAUUGCCAGAGUUGCUUGUCGGAUUGCAUAGAUGAUUAUCAAGGAUGUUGCCAUGGAAAACGAGGUGGCGGUGUUAACAAGCCGAGCUGCAUUUUCCGAUGGGACUUGUACAGGUUUUUCGACUCCGAUUUCAGCAAUCCGCCGCCACCUCCGCCACCACCAACUGCCGUCGCCAAGGCCGACCCUGCUGCUCCUCUACCUGCAAAUGCCCAAGUCACCAAUGGUAAUAUCUCGAAGUCAUUACGCAUUGUGGUUGCUGUGGUAGGUUCGGCAAUUCUCUUCGUGAUGGUUAUUGUCUCCUUGUAUUGCUUUAUUAGAAGGAGAAGAAGUAAUCCAUGGAAGGUCUCAUCUGCAAAAGAGGAGGUCAAGACUGCUGAAAGCUUACAGUUCAAACUAAGCGAGAUCAGGGCUGCCACAAAUUUCUUUUCAGAAGGCAAUAAGCUUGGAGAAGGGGGAUUCGGAAAAGUGUAUCGGGGCAAGCUUGAAAAUGGACAAGACAUUGCUGUGAAGAGGCUUGAGGGGUGUUCUAAUCAAGGUCAGCAACAGUUCAAGAAUGAGGUCACUCUGUUGGUCGGACUUCAGCACAAAAAUCUGAUUAAGCUCCAUGGCUAUUGCUUGGAAGAAGGGGAAAGACUUAUUAUUCUUGAGUUCGCACCCAAUGCAAGCCUUGAAGGAUUCAUUUCUGAUUCAAUCAAACGUAUGUUGUUAACUUGGGAGAGGUCUUUCGGUAUAGUAAGUGGAAUCGCUCGAGGACUUCUUUAUCUGCACGAGGAUUCACGCUUUAGGAUCUUACACCGCGAUCUGAAGCCUGGCAAUGUUCUGCUGGAUGAGAACAUGAAUCCCAAGAUAACUGAUUUUGGCACGGCAAGGUUAUUCCUUUUGGACCAAAGUAGAGCAAAUACUGCACAAAUAGCGGGAACUUUUGGCUAUAUGGCUCCCGAAUAUGUAAGACAUGGAGAGAUCUCUGUGAAGACCGAUGUGUAUAGCUUCGGCGUAGUGGUAUUAGAGAUCAUCAGUGGCAAGAAGAAUUCAUACAACAGCAAUUCGGGGACUUCCGAGCACCUACUGGGCUACGCAUGGAAAAAUUGGAGAAAGGGUACACCUUUUCACCUUAUAGAUCCCAUGUUAAAUGGCAGCUCGAGAAGCGAAAUGUUAAGAUGCAUCCACAUUGCAUUGUUAUGUGUUCAAGAGAACGUAGCGAGACGGCCUACCAUGGCUUCGGUGGUUUUAAUGCUCGGGAGCCAGAGCACGACCCUCCCAAUGCCGACACGGCCUGCAUAUUUUGACAGAUGCCAGUGGUAGAGAAAUGUCGACUGCCGCUGUUCAUCGCUCAUCACCGACAUCAAUAAACGAAGCUUCCAUGACGGAUCCACACCCUAGAUGA